GCCGCAGCUGGCGCUAACCCGUCUCUGUAUUUGACCUAUUUAUUCUAGCCCCAACCUCUCCCUCUCUCUCUCAUCCCAUGAGCUCUGAAUCAUAAUUGAGAGCGAGAGAAGGCGAGGAUGGCCUCGGGAGCUGCAGACGGCCUGCUCAGGUGUGUAUUCGAGGGCUGCAUCUCCGGCGUCGACACCGCCGUCGACCGCCGCCCCUACCACCGCAACUGCGGUUGCGCCCUCCACAAGUCCCGCCGCGGCGCCAAAUGCCCGCACUCGCUUUCCCGCUCCCCCAACGUAUCCUACCCGAUCCGACGGGCCUGGAGCGAGGGUUGCCUCGCCCUCGCCGCUUCCGCCCACUCCUCGCCCUCUUCCUCCCCCGCCGCGCCGUUCGAGCUGCGUAAAUCUAAUUAUCCGGCGACUUUGGCUGACGACGAUGAGGAACCGGAUCGAUCCUGCGUUUCAUGAGGUUUAAUUUUAUGUUUUUUUCUACGAUCGGUAUCUAAGUCAAUGAGGUUGCAGUGAUUUUUUUUCAAAUUUUAAAUUAUGAUGUUGAUUGAAUGCUUUCCUGUUGAAUGAUGCAUUCUCAGUUUGGUCCAAUUGAUCAAAAAAACGGCUGUGGCUGGUCAAACUGGUUGUUGAUUUACAUAAGAUGAUGUAAAAUUUAAGAAGGAUAGGCAGAUCUGUUUUUGACUUUUGUACA